AUGGUGGACGGGCCUGGCUCGUACGCAGAGUGGGAGGCGGUGCCGUGGGAGGCGGGCGAGCUGUCGGCGGUGGCCAAGGACGGCGGCGGCGCGUUGCUGCUAGGGUACACGGCCAGCGCGCCCGUCGCAAAGGCGUCUCGCCACACCAACGGCAAGCCCGCCGCGCUUCAGCUCUCUGUGGACGCGCCGAGCCCCCACACCGGCACGGGGGCCGCGCUACUGCUCGACGGGCAGGACGCGGCGCUGCUACGCGCAUCCAUCGUCGAUGGCGCCGGCCGGGUGGCGCACCUCGCAAGCAGCAACGUCACCUUCCGCGUCGUCUCCGGCCCCGGCCGCAUCCAGGGCACGCACAACGGCGACGUGCACUCCCACCUGCCCAACGACAGCCCGACCUACCCCGCCUACCACGGCCUCGUGCGCGCGGUCGUGCGCGUCACCUCCGCCGCCGGCCGACCCGCCGCCGAGCGCGCCCUCCUCGCCAAGAUCGACGUGCGUGGCCCGCUGGCGGCGGCGGCCCGCGCAGCAGCAGACACCACGGCCACGCCCAUCGUUGUGGAGGCGAGCUCGCCCGGCUUCGCGCCCGCGCGCGUGACCAUCCCGACCUCGACCGACCUGGCCGCCGACGGCGUGAUGGCGGUCGCGGCCGCGGGGGCUGGGAAGUCCGUUCGGAUCUAGUCGCGGCCCGCGGACAAACGGGCGGUUGUGCGGUUCGCCGCCUUAUCAAGGCCGACAAUGCCACCGUGAUGCUGGCAAUCUCCUCGCAUUGGCUCAGAGAGAGGUUGUGUUUUCUGUUUGCGAUAUUGCGUGAUAGCGUGCAACUCCCCU